AUGGCGCGGGCGGCUCCUCCGGGCGCGCUGGAGCUGCUGCUGCACAAAGCCACAGACCCCAGUGACCCCGAGGAAAACUGGGAAUGUAUCCAGAGGUUUAGUGACCAGGUCAACGCAGAUGCUGACAGCAUUGCUGCAGCUCUGAAGUUGCUGGAACAUAAGAUCCAGUCGCCGCAGGAGGCAGAGGCUCUGCAUGCGCUAACCGAUCAAGGUCUGUGUUUGCCUCUUUCCCCCUAUGAGGUCUUGGAGAUGUGUGUGAACAACUGCGGAGAGAAUUUUCAUCAUGAAAUGGGGAAGUUCCGAUUUCUAAACGGUCUCAUCAAGGUCCUUUCUCCCAAGUAUCUCGGAGAGUGGUCGACGGACAGAGUCAAAUCCCGCAUCGUCGAGCUGCUGUUCAGUUGGGUGGUGUGGUUUCCUCAGGAAGUGAAAAUCCGCGACGCUUAUCAAAUGCUGAAGAAACAAGGGAUCGUCAAACAAGACCCCAAACUACCGGAAGACAAAAUCCUGCCACCACCUUCUCCACGGCCGGCUAGCUCCAUUUUUGAUGCUGAUGAUGAGAAAUCCAAGCUUUUAACAAGGCUCCUGAAAAGCAAAAACCCAGAGGACCUUCAGGCAGCAAACAGGCUGAUCAAAGGGAUGAUCAGAGAGGAGCAGGAGAAAUCGGCCAAGGUCUCCAGGCGACUGAACGCUCUGAAGGAAGCCCGCAGCAGUGCAGAGGCGUUGGAGGAGAUGCUAAGAAGCUGGCGAGAAAGCAAGGGAGCCGGGACCCCCACAUCAACCCUGGAGCUCCUGCAGGCCGCAUUUGCCAAGUGCGAGAGGCUGAAGCCACUGCUCUUCCGUGUGGCCAGCGAGACGGUGGAAGACGAGGAGGCUCUGGGGGAGGUUCUGCAGGCAAGUGACAGGCUCACGCGGGCGCUGUGCUUUUACAAGGACGUUGUGGGCACCGCUGGGGAUUCUGGGACCAGCUCUGCUGGACCUCAGCCCCUUCCAGACGCUGCGAGCAGCCUCACCCUCAUCGACCUCUCUGAGCUGGGUGCUGGGUGCCAGGCUGCCUUGCAAGAGAAUGCAAAGACAGAGCCUUUUCUGGACAGGCUCCUCUCCUCCUCUUCUACCCACUCAUUGGAUGAGGAGCUGGUGUUAGGUCUCCCCAUCAGCCCGGCGGCGGCGGCUCCUCCAGUCUCCAGCCAAAUACCUGAAAUGGCACCAGCACCUUUGCCGCCUUGCCCUGCGUCCUCCAGCGGCUCCUUGGCUAAGCUUUCAAUUCCGCUGAGUUCCAUUACUCUGAGCACGAUCCCUCCGGUCACGGUCUAUGAGAAGAAGGGCCUGAAAGCCAUGCUCCACUUCUCCAGGGACCCGGUUCCCGGCCAACCAGCUACCAAGGUGCUGGUUCUCUCCCUGCUGAGCACUGCCCCUCACCCAGUCCAGGACAUCGUCUUCCAGGCUGCUGUGCCCAAGUCGAUGGCCAUCAAGCUGCAACCGGCCACAGGCUCCGAGCUGCCAGCCUUCAACCCACUCCUUCCCCCAACAGUGAUUUCUCAAGUUCUGCUUCUGGCCAACCCUCACCAGGUAUGUGGCUGGAUCAGGCUCCACUCCGACUGA